ACAUAUGCAAGUUUGAGGUACUUAUUUCACACCCCACUAAAUUAAAGUUUGUUGUAUUUAAAAUAUUUUCCCUUUUAUUGUAUAUAUGUUCAAAUAGAAGGUAUUAUUAAAAAUUACUUUCAAAGUACAUACUAUUAUUGAUUUAUGGGAAUGUUUGUAUUAUUUAUGAUAUUUUCCUAUAAUUUAAUAUUAGUCUCAUGAUCGGUUUACCUAUAAUUUUAAGGUAUCACUUAAAAGAAGCAAUACUUGAGGGUGGAAUACCUUUCAAUAAGGCAUAUGGAAUGAGUGCAUUUGAGUAUCAUGGAACAAACCCAAGAUUCAACAUGAUUUUCAAUGACGCAAUGUAUGAUGCUUCUACCAUAAUUAUGAAGAAGAUUCUAGAAUGUUACAAGGGAUUUGAAGGCCUCAAAUCUCUCGUGGAUGUCGGCGGCGGGACAGGAGCCACCCUUAACUUGAUUCUCUCUAAAUAUCCAAAUAUUAAGGGCAUCAACUUCGAUUUGCCUCAUGUUAUUCAUGAUGCUCUUCCUUCUCCUGGAAUUGAGCAUAUCGGGGGAGACAUGUUUGUUAGCGUGCCUAAAGGCGAUGCAAUUUUUAUGAAGGUAGGAUAUACUUUUAUAGUAUCAUUGUUUUAUAUUAUUUAAGAUAUACAUCAUAAAUGUGUAUUAGAAAUAUAAAGUAAAAGUUUUUAGGUUAGAUGAAUCAUAUCACUAGGACACAACUACACAAGUAUUACAUCCUAUGAUUGAAACAAAAAGGGGUGGUGUAGUUUUAAGAAAAGUAGAGUUAUGUAAUUGAUAUUGAAUUGAUAAAGUGUGAAUAAAAUAAAAAUAAAUUAGAACCACAUAAAUAUUACCUAAUAUGAUAUUGGAAAAUUUUAACGAGAAGGACGAAAAAAGAAAAUGUGAGAAUCAUAGUCGGACGGAGGAGUAUCAUAUAUUGGAAAAUUGCUUAUAGAGGUUUGUCAAUUAGACAGCUCAACUGUUUAAAUUUAACUUUUUCAUACUAACUUUAUAGAGAAAAUUACUUCAUAUAUGACUAAAUAAUUGUGUGUUUCUCAAAAUAUGACUUAUGUCUUCUUUUUCCUAAUAUGAUGCCACAUAGCAUUUAUGCAUAUCAUUUGAAGUUCUUUUUUUCUUAUUUCAUUCCAUAUGUGUCUAGUCAUAUAUUAUAAAGGAAACAUGCAUAAUCAUAUAUCAAGAAUUGUCAUGAGUUUUAGUUCUAUAUAUAGGCAUACUUCCCAACUUUAUUUAUAUUAGCAAAGGAAUAAACUGAGUUAAGGGAAAUAUUUUAUAUGUAUAUUUUGUGUACAUCUACCCAAUUUCCCUCACACACACAUAUAAUAGGAACAUAUCAGAAUUUUUCUCUACAAAGUAGCAGGGUUUGGCGUUGCGAGUUUGUUUUUCGAUUUGUUUACUUUUAAGUUUUCUGAAAAGUUACUAGAAAAUGGUGUCAUUGUUCAUAGUGACACAUUGACAUGAGAGAUCAUGUUAGUGAUGGAGGUAGCAUGUCAGUACUUUUGACAUAUUAAAAUAUUCGCCUAUUUUGUGCAACUAAAAACAUCAUUGGCCUAUAUGUACUGACGCUUUAAUUUCCAAAGUACAUAACAUUUUUGUCAAUCAAUAUUGUUUGUAAUAUUGCAAGGAAAACUUAUAAAAAUCGAUGUUAUCAAGAUUUUUUAAAUAUAUUUGAAUUCAUGAGGAGUCUACUUCAGGUAGAUGUCUGAUCCAUGUGCAUUUUACAAUUGUCUAAGUAUGGUCUCGUCUGAUCUGUUCUGGUCUGGUCUGAUUUGUUUUGGUUUGAUCUAGUCUGGUCUGCAACUGAAAACAAUCCAAGCAAAAAUUGUGUAAUGAUACUAGCUAUAAAGUUUGUUCUAGUGAAUUCUCCAUAUUAUCUUUAUACCUCUAAAAAUCAGUUUCCAAUUCACAAUCAAUGAUUAGAUCAAUAAUACUUCAAAACUUGAGUAUUCAAAAAUUAGAUCUCAUGAACUUUCUAUUUAUUUAAUCACUUUAAAUUACAUCACAAAACUUUUUUGAAUAGAUUUCUUUUGAAUCGUGUAUUCUUACACUUUACCAUUGCGAUCAUAUAAUUGUUUGAGCAUGUUUAAAAUUGGGUGAAUUGUGUUUUUAUGUGAUUUCUAAUCUAUCUCUAGUGGAUUUGUCAUGAUUGGAGCGACGACCAUUGUCUAAAGUUUUUGAAAAAAUGCAAUGAAGCACUUCCAAAAAAUGGAAAGGUUAUCAUCGCAGAGUGUAUUCUACCGGAAGAACCAGACACCACAUUAGCAACAAGAGAUGUGAUCCACGGUGAUGUCCUCAUGUUGGCAUAUAAUCCAGGUGGGAAGGAGAGAACCGAGAAGGAAUUUGAGAACCUAGCUAAGAGUUCCGGUUUCGUAGAAUUUCGCAAAAUUUGUUGUGCUUUCAAUACGUGGAUCAUGGAAUUCUGCAAGUGAACACAAUAGAAU